CACAGCAAGCAGCCAACCAUCAUCCUCUUCCCAGGGCUAUAUAUGCAUGGCCGUCGACCGCACCAUCGCCCAGCUUGAGCUACACACCUCCCCACUGCCCACCAGUCUCACCGUAGCGGCCGCGUACACGCGCUCGCUUCCUUCCCAUCGCAUGGCCGGGGCAAGAGCGCAGCCCGCGUGGGCGCAGGCGCUCGCGGCGGUGGGCCUCCUCGUCGCAUCGCGCGCCGCAACGCGCCUCGCGCUGUGGCUCUACGCGGCCUUCCUCCGCCCCGCCAAGCCGCUGCGCCGCCGCUACGGCGCCUGGGCCGUCGUCACGGGCGCCACGGACGGCAUCGGCCGCGCGCUGGCCUUCGAGCUCGCCGCCGCCGGGCUCGGCCUCGUCCUCGUCGGCCGCAGCCCCGACAAGCUCGCCGCGGUCUCCAAGGAGGUCAGGGCCAGGUUCCCCGGCGUCGAGGUGCGCACCUUCGUCAUCGACUUCGCCGCCGACGGGCUCGCCGCCAACGUGGCCGCGCUGGCGGAGUCCAUCCGGGGGCUCGACGUCGGCGUGCUCGUCAACAAUGCGGGGCAGGGCUACCCGUACGCGCGCUACUUCCACGAGGUGGACGAGGAGCUCAGGAGGAACCUCAUACGCCUCAACGUCGAGGCCGUCACCCGGGUGACGCACGCCGUGCUCCCUGGCAUGGUGGAGCGCAAGCGCGGCGCCGUGGUGAACAUCGGGUCCGGCGCCGCCUCCAUCAUGCCGUCCACCCCGCUCUACACCGUCUACGCCGCCACCAAGGCGUAUGCUGAUCAAUUCUCGCGAAGCCUAUAUGUUGAGUACAAGAACAAAGGCAUCGAUGUGCAAUGCCAGGUACCCAUGUACGUGGCGACCAAGAUGGCCUCGAUCAGGCAGGCGUCCCUGUUCGCCCCGUCGCCGGAGACGUAUGCCCGCGCCGCCGUGCGCUACAUUGGGUACGAGCCUCGGUGCGCGCCCUAUUGGCCGCACGCCCUCCUGUGGUUCCUCUUCUCUGUGGUGCCUGAGCCCCUCGUCGAUGGGUACGUCCUCGGCAUGUCCCUCGGUAUCCGCAAAAUGGGCCGCGCCAAGGAGGCCAGGAAGAAAGCGGUGUGACACACGCGGUGGAAGAAAGGGCACGUACGCUGGCAAAGAUGGACUCAGAUGAAAAUAUGUGUGUUAAUUCUACAGCUUCAUGUACUCAAAAAAAAAAAAUCUACAGCCUUCAUGACCAAUUGUAACACGACGAACGACUGAAUGCAACCUCCCUUCCCCUUCCAAGCAAUUUUAUUGUAUAUGUAAGGAUUGAUUUGUGAUAUAUACCUAUGUCUUAC